GAACCGGACAGCUUUUUGCAGGCUUAUGAUGCCGAUGAAAUUACCAUUUUCGUAUUUCACUCACACUCAAAUUUGUGCUCAUUUGACGUGGCGGGGUGCUUUUGUUUAGAGGUAUAACCUACCAGCGUUAACGCUGUGCUCCGCUCAACGCUUUUAAUUAGGCAUGGCUGUUACUUUAUAACUCUCCAAAUGAUUAUUUACAUACAUAUGUUUUCCUUCAUUUUUUUACAUUUCAUAGCAACUUUUUAUAGAAGACACACGUGUUUUGUAAAACUCUCUUUUAUAUUCUUAUAUAUAUAAAUUUCUUAUUAUUAGUUUUUAUAUUUUUUUUUGCUGGCGUUUUGGUCUUUCCAUUCGGCGAAGGUACUACGCUAUCAAUUGCUUGACCCAUGCGCGCAAUUCAAGAACACAUUUCGCAAGCGUCAUAACUCUGUGAUUUCGUCCUAGAAUGGCAGCAGAAAUAGAACUGAGAAAGAGCAUCACUCAAUUCGGCUACAGCAACUAUGGCGGUGACGAAAUCGACUUUAUUGACGCAUUCCGUCGAUAUGGACGAAGCCGAUCACAGAGAAAUAAUGUCGGUGAUGGGUGGAUCUCUUUCACGUCUUCCGGGUAGCUUAAACGAUGACGUAUUGAGCACAUUUUUAACUAAAUAUCCAGAACUAAAAGAACAUAUCGAAGCAAAGGAGGAGAAAACGAAAAGAGAAAGUUUCGAGUUCGAUGUACUAAAGACUACCCGCUGGACCGAGCUUCAUCAGGAAUUCGUGAGAGAAUCGCAAUCGCUUGUCAGCAUUCCCUCAAUCUGCGAACCUGAUAAGCUCUGGGAGCUGGUGCGUCAUAAGCAGCGACCAAACUACGAGCUAGUACGCGCGCUGGCGAUACAGAAAUUAGGCAACGAUAUAAAAAAUUGCCUGUACAUUCGCUAUGAGUUGACUAAGAGCAGCAUGAACGAUCAAAGUAUCAAAACAACAAACUUGGAGCAUUUUCACCUAUUCAGUUGGACAGAGGAUCGAUUCUUGGCCAGGCGGCAAUUGAAGGGCAUCGCUUGGUUGGAUAUAUUUGAAGCAUCUCUAAGCGAGAAAUACUUGGAAGCCUUCAAGUUGCAGGUCGAUAUUUUAGAGCUGGCGCGACUAAUAAAGCCGGUUUUGUUGAGUUUUUACUCGGAAAAUAAGGAAUACGUAGCGAAUGCGGUGCGGAUGAUAGACGAUGCUCACAAACUACUUGACAUGCACAAUACAAUCCAGCAAGAACUGAAGGACGGCGUGGCGUAUUUAUGUGAGAUAAUCAAUACGAUUACGAAUAUGUCAUUAAAACGUCGAAGUCAGGGCCGCGACAUUGUCAAAAACUUUCUGGAAUUGGAAACAAUGGCAUCCUGGGUCCGAUAUCCCAUCGAGAAUCGUUAUCAGCUCAGAUAUUCGAAGGAAAGGGUAGCAGAAUGGAAGGAUCUCUAUGACAGCAAGGAAAGGCAACUGAGUUUGGAAUUAAGAAAAGCCAAAAGGAAAUACAGCACAGAAAUGAAUUGCUUCCGGUUGAUGUUGCAGUCAAUGAAUAUAACGAUAAACGAAUACAAAAUUCGCAUUGCCACAAUGAGCGACGAAUAUGAUCGUCGAUUCAACGAAAUUAACGACAAAAAUAUAAAGUUGAAAAGUGAUAUCGAUAAGAUGGCGGUACAACGGAAGUUUUUGGAAGCAGAAAUGGAGUAUAUGAAAGUAAGAGUUCGAGAUAUAUUGGCGGGUGUUGAAAGCGAUAAAGUAAAGAAGGGGAAACGUGUGCCAAGACAGCCUUCGCAAAUUUCCCUUUCACAAAAGUCCAGGUCCAGCGUGUUGAGCUUCCGGAAAAAUAUCCCCAGUCCAAUUAAGAAAAAAACAGGACAAUGAAUUGCAGAAGGGUAUGGCAACAUGAUUAAAGAAUGGGAAAUGUGUUUGAAAUAAAUUCCAAAAUAUAAAUUUUAAACUGUGCGUGUGCAUUUGCUUUUAGAAUAUGUGAAUGGGUUUAUCUUAGAGAGCUUGGUGCGUUUUGCACCGCCACGCUCAAAAACCCUAACUUAGAGCUUUAUUUAGAUAAAAUACGGACACGGUGAGAGUAAAUGGUCUUUCUGAUCGGCACUGGCUUAGCCUCGGUACUUUAAUGAGAGCCUUUAAGUUGUGCGUGUCCAUAUCAAAGCUAUAGAAAGCUAGGUAAGGGUUAUUCCCCGUUAUACAGACAUGUCUACAUACUUGUGUAAAUAUU